CCGGACAGAGUCUCCUAUAUAAGGACUUAUUUGAUCAUUUUUUUUCAAAUAAAAAACUACCCCCCUCUUAGUUUGGAUAAGUACUGCACAUUCUCUCCUGUACGGAGAUUCGCCCCCACACGUUCCUCAUUUUCCGUUCAGUUUCUGGUUUCUUCCCAAGUCGUCAUCUUCCAAGAAACGCCGAGAAACUACCGAAAAUUCCACAAGCCUCGCAGAAAAUCAAGCCGACAUUUUACUGCUGUCUCGGAAAAAAUGGGAAGUGAAUCAACGGAUCAAAACCAUCGCCCCUCAACCCGGGACAUAAAACCCAGUUCUUCCGGACCCAGAUCCAAAGGAUCAAAAGUCUGCGCCGCCUGUAGCCACCAGCGGAGAAAAUGCGGCCCGAAUUGCCCCUUAGCUCCUUACUUUCCGGCGUGCAAACGGCGAGAUUUCAUCAAUGCCCACAAACUGUUCGGCAUAAAGAACCUCACCAAAGCUCUGGCCAGCAUCGAUGAAGAAUACAGGGACGAUUUCAUGGUGUCCGUAAUCUAUGAAGCCAAUGCCCGCGCUGCCGAUCCCGUUGGUGGCUGCCGCAAUACGAUCAGGACUCUGUAUAGCCAUUUGCAAUGUAGCAUUGCGGAAUUGGAAGCUGUGAAUCAGGAACUCGCGUUUUAUCGGUCCAGAUACCAGGACAUGAAAUUGGCGACGGCGGCAGCUUUUGACCAGCAGACGCAACCCGGCCAAGGGUUUUGCUGGUUAAAUUCGGGUCGAGUUUCAAGUCACACGCAAAAUUUAAGUAGCCAGGAGACUCAAUCAUCAGUCGGUGGUCAAUCAUUUUCUUUGACUCCGAUUGAUCAGUGAGAUUUUUAGGUCUGCAAUUUAUUUGAUAUGCACUCAUUAGCUUCUACUCGUAUAUGCUUAAAUAUUGCAACUAAGUUAUUUAUGCCCUUCUUUAAUCUUUUGUGAGAAAUUGUUAUCCUCAUUUUGAAAACAAGGAAACAUUUUCCUCACAAUAAUGUUGCAUUUCUUCCAUUUUUGUCAGUUGUGGAUAG